GGAGCAGACCCGAGGAGGAGGACACCGGAGAACGGACUGGGGAUCUGCUGGGAUAGGGUUACCCUGCUGUGAGGAGGCCAUCUUCACAGAAAAAUGGCUCUUUUGUCAGUGUAAACAGCCUGUGCUGUACCUGCAUUGCUAAAGGGGGAAGCAGCAGCAGCAGAGGAGGAGGAGGAGGAGGAGGAGGAGGAGGAGGAGGAGGGGCAGCCGCUGGAGGAAAUGCUGCCUCUUCCAAUGAAAAUUUCCCCCUCUGUAGCUAACCCCGGCCGGCCUGCCGCAGAUGAUCUCCCCUGGAGUCAUGCAUGAUGCAUGUUAAGCUUUAGGUUUGAUUUGAAAGCAUCAUCAAGGCCUCUGCAGACCUCAAACCAGAGGGAAGACAGCUGUGUCCACCAUGAGACGCACUAGAGGCUGAGGGACUCCACAGCAUCCACACACACGUCUAAAAUCCCCCUUUGGUUGAAACUGUUGCCCCUGACCAUGGCUGUAACUGCUGCAGCUAAGACAACUACAAGUUUUCUCUCCACAACUGCCACGGCCACCGCAAUCCCCUUCCUCUCCACGAGCAAGAGCGCCAGAGAGAAUGUCACCUCCAGGACGACUUUAAUGACUGUUACCAUAACGACAGCGAACGAGACCAGCUCCAACGCCACCACGUUUCCAGGGGCCGUGGUCGAGGGCUCGGGGAUGGGAAUGGUGCUCCUACCCUUCGGCAUCAUCACCGUCAUUGGCUUGGCAGUGGCAAUUAUGCUGUAUAUUCGGAAACGGAAGCGGUUGGAGAAGCUGAGGCACCAGCUCAUGCCCAUGUACAACUUCGACCCGGCUGAAGAACAAGACGACCUGCUGGAACAGGAGCUGCUGGACCACGGCCGGGACGGCAGCCUGACGGGCCCCAACGCCAAGUUUUGACCAUGGCAUAAUGGUAAAAGGCAAACGUGACCCUCACCACCUCCCAGGGGACCACGCAGCGGCCGAGUCGUCUGGUCUUCACAGAUGUAGCCAAAGCUCUCAACGCUUAACAGAAGCUAAAGCUCUCUUCCAUUAGCCGACUCCAGUCUGAGAGGUCCACAGACAGACUGUCUCGCAGAAAAUAAAGGGGACAAAGGGACUGUUUUUGGGACCGUGUGGAGUGUCGGUACAGAUUUUCAUCAAUACAACACAGAACGUGAAGUGUUUUUGCAUGUAUGAUAAGGGAGCGUACCGGGAGCAUCACGUAGGAUCUUGCACUGUUAUCAUUUGGCGCACAAAUGUGAUGCACUUUUCUCGAAUCACAUCUUGUCAUUGCUGUUAAACUGUUUGGUAGCUUGUCAGUGAAGUUCUUCUGAGCUUCAGUAUCUACUUCCAUGUUUGAUAAAAAGGGAGAAGUGUAAAUCUGUGUUUUACCGAUUUUGUGGUCUUUUUUCGUCUCUGAUAAGCUUGAACUCUGGAUGUGUUACCAUCCUUAAGUGAACCGUCUCUUUCUCCGUUUUGUUUCUUCUUUAUUGAGCAAUGAAGGAUUGUUUCUGUCUGUAUACAUUAAAACUAUUUAAACCACUUUGA